UCUCCGUCAGUCGUCGGCAAUUUCCGGCAAAUCCGAACCUUGAGAGAGUUACAUUGGGAGCUGUCAACAGCGGCUGGACUUCGGUAGCUUAUUGUAUCCUUCAGACCAAUCAACAUCAUCACAACAUUCAGAGAUGGAUAUAAUUAAUCACCUUAUGGCAUCGGGUACAUUUCGUGUCGCGAAGGAGCCUUUGGGGUUUCUGCGCCUUCUGGAAUGGAUUUUUGCAAUCUUUGCAUUUGCAACAUGUGGUGGUUACUCAGGAGCACUGAAAGUCAGUGUGGAUUGUGCAAACAAAUCUGAAAGUAACCUGAAUAUAGAGAUUGGAUUUUCAUAUCCUUUCAGGUUACACCAAGUGUAUUUCGAUGCACCCACCUGUGAAGGCAAAAGGCAGGAGCGUCUGUUUCUGAUAGGUGACUACUCCUCAUCUGCUGAGUUCUUUGUCACCAUCGCAGUCUUUGCGUUUCUCUAUUCGUUGGCAGCUACAGUGGUGUAUAUUUUCUUCCAAAAUAAAUAUCGUGAAAACAACCGUGGUCCUCUGAUUGAUUUUAUUGUGACUGUGGUCUUCUCAUUCUUGUGGCUUGUGGGAUCAUCGGCUUGGGCAAAAGGACUCUCUGAUGUCAAGGUUGCUACGGAUCCUGAUGAAGUGCUUUUGCUAAUGUCAGCUUGCAAACAGCAAGGCAAUAAAUGCUUACCUGUUAGAGACCCUGCAAUGUCAGGGUUAAACACGUCUGUUGUGUUUGGAUUUCUUAACUUUAUUCUGUGGGCUGGCAAUAUUUGGUUUGUGUUCAAGGAGACUGGUUGGCACACAUCUAGUCAACGGCACACUCAAAGCACCAUGGAAAAGCAGCCAGCCUCAAGUGGAUUCAACCAAUCUUACAACCAAGGGUCAGGCGAUCAAGAAAGCUAUGGUCAAACUGGUGGAUACAACCAACAGAGCUAUGGACAGCAGGCAGGUUUUGGCCAACAAGCCUCCUAUGGCCAGAUUGGAGGAUACAGUCAGGGUGGCUACAGCCAGCAUCCUCCAACUUCUUUUACCAAUCAAAUGUAACCUGCUCCAGGUGUAACUUUUAUGUGCUCUUGUCUGAGAUCUUCAUAGUACAACGUUUUCAGUUUGAGUUGAUUGACAAAAUGGCAUUGAGUAUUGCUGUAAUAUUGGUAAUGAGAAAUAUCAGUAGAAAGUGGCAGUAAUUUCAAAUGUUUGUUAAUAAUGGUGUCCACGUGUUCAAAUGUGGUGAUUAAAGUAUUGAUGGUUACCAUAAGUAAAUUCUGCUUUACAAAAUACCUCUGUGGUGAUUGUCUUUUUUUCAUGUUGUACUGAAAUGGUAAAAUCUGUUAAAUAGUUGAAAUGCACAAAGUGUGAUUUGCUUGUACACUGUUUGUUCCUGCCGUCUGUAGUAGAUUCUCCCUAAGCAGACAGAGAUAAAACUGACUUAAUCCUUUUGCACUUGGGUGAGAAGUAACUGUUAAAAUACUGCAUUGUAUUUCAAAAUAGGUUAUGCAUGGAGUUACUGUACCUUUUCCACUCUGUGGCCUACUUUGAUGUGGUGAUACUUAAGAGCACCUUACGUGAUGUCAGUAGAACAAAUAUGUUUACACUAGAAUGAAGUUUACCUUUGUAAGUCUGCUUUUAAUGAAUGCAUUUUGUUCAAAAGUCUUUAUAUGUUUGAAUGUAAAAGAUAUUUUGAUUAUUUAUCUGUAAAGAUUUGUAUAUGUGAUUAUUUUCAGCAUGCAAGUGUGUAUUUAUAAUAUCUUCUACUUCACUGCAGUGGUUAAAAAAACUGCAUCAGACAAUCCUAAAGUAUUGAAAGAUCUUUAUUAAGGAAAAUGCUUAAUUUUUAUGAAUAGAAGUACAACCAGCUUGCAACUUGCCACAGCUAUUUCUCCCAGUUAAUCCAUGGUACAGUCAGUCAUGUAGCUGCCUGCAAUGUUGUGUCACUAUGUUCGCACACUAAUGAAACAGUGGUUGUAGAAAUAUUGGAUUUAUAUGUGUGUAAAACAGCUAAUAUAUUACGCUAGAUCUUUUGGCAUUAGCUACGGAUAUUAAAGCACAAAGCAACUAUUGUUCCUUCCAGUCUUUCUAACAUUUAGUUCUGUGGUAUUGUGCUAAUGAUUGAAAAGUAUGUGUGUUAAUGUAUUCAAAGUAAUUUCUAGCAUAUGUGACCAAAACGAUUGACCAGGCAAUGUAAACCAGUAGAUAUAUCUCUAAAACCAGUUGCAUGAUUUACACAGUGCAGUCUUAAUAAUCUAUAUGUCAUAACAACCCACAUAGUGUGUUUCUUGCCAGAUUCUAAUGGGCCAUGUUUGCUGUCAAAACAAUAGUGGAGUUACUAAUGGUGCUCGAAAUUAUUUACACGAAGAUGCUACAGCAACUUUAAAUGAGGGGCAAAUUUACAUUUGAAACAAAAAUAUUUCAAACUGAGAUGUGAUGCUUCAAAGUUAACACUGGGGGAAAGAUGUACACAUUUGAAAUGCAUUGUAGGUCAGAGCAUUGCAUUUAUGCAAGCUAAACAUACUGACAGAAGUCACUUCAUCUCCACUAUAAUCUAAGCCCCCUUUUAACAAUAAGGUAUUAAUUAGUCUCACCAUCAUCCCCAUCACCUCUAUUUCCAUUCCUCUGUAAUUUAUUCAGGUUUUGAUUGUUUUCAAGAUAAUUUAGCAUUUUUUUUUGUACCUGACUUUAGUUGAAAUCAAUUGCAUUAAUUUCCAUUUCAGUCAUAAAUCUCCAGAUUUAGAAGAUGCAUCUUUCUUGUCCUGUUCAGUCAGGUACUCGAUACUUUAUAUCACUUUUUGCAGUCAUAUCAGCUCACACGUUCAGUAAUUUGUUACACAUUAAACUUAAGGACUUAAAGAGUAACUCUACUCUCUAGAGCGAAGUACAGCAAGGCUUACAUAUGGUAAAUAGAAAGACCAAUGUCCUUAUGUACAGCACUUAAAAUCAGGAUGUGUGGACUUGAAGCAUGAGCAAAAGGAUCAGAGGAAUAACGAGGAAAACAUUUCCAAAGCCAGGGAAGGGCGUGGCACUCACUGAUGCACCUUCAAUUACUCCAAAAGACUGAGGUAGGGUAAAUACUGAAAGGCUUUUAUUUGCAGUAAAAUAUGACUUCCAGCAUGCUGAGUGUCUGCCCCUGGACUGAGGGGAGGGGCACGGCGAAAUCACCUUUAUUCAGGGAUCUGUGGGAGGAGCCACAGGGGCAGUCAGCAAAGGGGCGUGUCCAGACAGGUAACCCAGUUACAACAUAUAUAUAUAUGGUUUACCACACUCACCAUCUGCAAAAAUGAUACAGGCAGAAAUCUACAGGGUGACAGGUUAAGGUUUAGAAGGUGGGUUCAGAUUAGAAUUUCGUUUUGCAACUGGUUCCUCCACAUUGGUUUGAACAGCCUCCUGUGUUUUAGGUUUUCCAUGAUUCUAAUGUUUUGAUUUUAUAUCAAAUUAAUUAUUUUAUCAUCAUCAGAAUAUUGAACCUUCUUCUAAAGGAGAGUGUUGUACUCUACCCAGACCAAAGUUGCCUAAAAUAAAUCAGAAUUUUCAUUGUUGCAUUAUUAGUUUUAAUUACAUUUUAAAAACCAAUAAUAUACAAGUAUUUGGCUGAUUUUUAAACAUUAAUUUACAGCUUCAUACAAAAAUUUAAAUUGAAAUGACAAUUUUUGUGUUGCUCUCAUCAAAACCUUUGGAUACAGUUCUUUAAAAAAGCUGAACUGUGUAGUUGUCUAAUGCUUAAUAUCGAUGUAUAGCAACAAUAUUAUUGUUUGAUAUUCAUUGUAUCUGGAUAUGAUUCCUUUGUUACAAGUACAGUACAUUGUGAUUUCCAUUUUAAAAUAUCAAAUUAAAGUGCAAUACUGCAUUCCAAUGAAA